AUGAAUGGUUCGCAAAGUGAAAUAACGGAGGAAAGGCCUUUCCUCCUCAAGGAGCCGACAUCCCCAGCUGUAGAUGAGAAUGGUGAAUUUGGUGGCACCUAUUUACAUCCACCAAAAAGAAGCCCUUGCGAGCAAUGUAUUCCAUGGCUCAUCCACCUUUUAAUUCUUACCACUUACACGACAAUUUUCAUUCUUUUUUGGGACUAUUCACAUUAUGCAAGUUGUCCAAGGCUGGAUAGCCGCGAAUCUUCCCAUGUUUACAGCCCAGCAUCAGAGGCACUUAAGUGGGAAGUGCGAACCUUUCAUAAUCAACUUGAGGCAUCAAAUCCAUAUAAAGGACCACCCAGGCCGGAAUUAGAGAAGGCCUGGCACAACCUUCUUCAUCCGUCUGCUGCCAUCCGCGUGAGCAAGGAAGCGCUCCACAGAAUCAAUCGAACCUCUGUAGAGCUUCUGGAUGGAUCGGGUUAUAUGGUUGCAUUGGAUGUCUAUCAUCAGCUACAUUGCCUGAGAUGGGUGCGCAGAUACCUUCACCGAGACCACUACAAUAUGACAGAGAAAAAUCUAGGCCAGCACAUUGACCAUUGCUUGGAUGGCUUACGACAGUAUGUCAUGUGCAACGCGGAUUUGGCUCUCAACACCUUUGAGUGGAUCCCAAAUUAUCCCAGGCCGUGGCCUAAUUUUGAGGUUGUGCAUAAAUGUGCGAAUUGGGAGUCUAUUGAGGAAUGGGUUUUGACGCACAGCUUCAAUGGAUUUGACCCUGAUCUGAUCAGCCAUCCGGAUUAUCAUCCUGAACUACCAAGCCCAUUCAAUUUCACUGUCAGUGGUAAUUCACCCUGA